CAGUUAGUGUAAGAGAUGGACACGGUGGAGCCCGCAGCAGCCCCUCCUCAGCGCGUGCUGGACUCAUUCGACAGGAAUGCCGCCGCAGCCGAAGGAAACUCCGAAUAUUUACAAUCUGUGAGUAGCGAGUCGAGCUCAUUCAUCAUGGUGCAGCCCAAAAAUCGACUCGAAGUUCCGUCCAGGAUGUGGGUGACGACGGUUGUGGUCAUCGUGAUUGUCCUGCAAGUUGCAUCGACCACCGGACUCUUCAUAUACUUGAACAUGUCAGUGGCACAGGCUCGAACACAAGGAAUGGUGGAGGAGCUGAGGUGUCUUGGUCUUCUGAACGCUAUGGAGAAAGAGCAAGAUGUACCCGAUGAUCUAGUCCAGCUUUUUGGAGAGCCGUGCAUUAAACUAGCAGAAGGACUCAAAGCUUACAUCUCUAAGGUCACAGAAAACAUAAUCUCCAAACACACCUUUGAAGAAAGAGUUUCUUUCCCACCAAGGACAAAAUUACUCACCACUGGCAGCCCACGGCCGUCAGCUCAUCUUACUCUCAGAGACAGUGGACUGCAGGGCACAACAUCCGUAACCCCCCAGAUGGACCUUCACCAGUCCUGUCGUCAUCCCGUUCGUUCCUGGGGGAACCAGAGUUUUGGUUCCCACCUGCACAACAUGACCGUGUCCAACGGCCGUCUACGCGUUCCUCGCGCAGGCCGCUACUACCUGUACGCUCAGGUCUACUUCCGCUAUCUGACCCUCUCAGUUGACGAUUACCACUCAGGCUCCGUCAGCCAUCAGGUGGUGCAGUGCGUCUACAAGAAGACGGCCUACGCUCGCCCUAUCCAGCUCCUGAAGGGUGUGGGGACCAAAUGUUGGUCUCCGGACAGCGAGAACGCCCUGCACUCCAUCUACCAGGGAGGCCUGUUUGAGCUGCGAGCAGGAGAUGAGAUCUUCAUCUCAGUGUCGUCUCCCACAGCUGUGUAUGCAGAGGACUCCUCCAGCUACUUCGGGGCCUUCCUGUUUGACCUCUGAGGGACACGUGUUUGGGGCUUGUGGUCUCAUUCCAAGGGAAAGGAAAUCGUUCCUGUCGGAGGGCCCCACGUGGGAACCAUGAAGAGAGGAAAGCAUGGAUAGUCGGAUGGCUUUAAACGGCCCUGGAAUGGCUAAACAACUCUUAUUUUUCAGAAAUUCAUGAAGCUUUUGUGGUCAGAGGCGACAGUUUGACCUUCAUGUGGUGAAUGUACGAUAGAGAGAUUCAGAAGAGUGGACUAUCUCUGAACUGGCAUGUCACAAGCUUUUGUUUCUAACAAAGAAGACAGACCUGAAAACCAUGACGUUCUGUAUUUAACCGCAUAAAGAACCAGAAUAGUUCCUUAAAAUAAAGACUAUUAACAUCAACAAAUGCACCUAACUCUGGGCAAGCUGCUACUCAAAAUAAAUGUAAAAAGUUAUUCUUGUGUUGUUCAUCAUUUCCUCUCGGAUUAAAUUCUCAAACUCUGUUGUUGGGAUUGUACUGU